CAAAUGGUAAAAAGUGUGUUUUUUUUUUUUUUUCAAGUUUUGCAGCAGGGAUGAAAGCUCCGAAACCUACCACCCAACUUGUUUGAGGAGUUUGUUUUGUGGUGAGAAUUUGGGAUAGGGAUGAGAUAAAAUGACACGAAAUCUGGAAAGAUAUGUCAACCGGUCACGAAGGGGGCGCGUUUAACGUGAUUCAGCCAAAAUGCAAACGAGUCCGCGUGCACUGGUGUCUUGGGAGUGGGAGUUGCAGUAAGGAAGUAGGCCAGCCUUCCCACCACCUUUUCCCAUCAUAAAUGUGAAAACGUCUUCCCCCUUGCUCUCCUUCCCUUCCUCACAUCUCAAGGAAUGAGUAUUUACUCUCCUCCCUGUCCCUCUGUCGUAUAAAACUUCAGCGAGUGUGGCUUGCGUUGGAUAGGCCUUUGUUGGCAUAGGAGUUCAAAUUUCUUUGGUUCGGUGGUUUGCUGGGCAAUCGGUCGUGGGUUUUUGUUAUGAGAAAAUGGGAACCGAGGAGAAGCCUGGGAGCGAUCAGGGGCAUGAUGUGAGUUCAUGCGAUAGACCAAUUGUUGUCCCAAUUCAGAUGGUGGAAGACUCAAUGGGAAUAACUGAAGAAAAACAACAUGAUCACCACUGGAAACGGCAAAAUCUCUUCCUAGAGAUACCCUCCAGAACAGCAGGAGAGUCCUCUCAGGAUGCUGUUGGAAUAAAGAUGCCCUCAACACCAACUCCCACUCCCAAGAGAGUAAAUUUUCUCCUCACACCUGAUUCUAUUGACGAAAGAGUUACUGCAUCUCCUGGGCCCUCCCCAUCUAGGGGCAGAACAUCCAUAAGAAGCCUUUUACCAAAAUUAAGUUUCAUUUAUCGAAAUUCCUCAGAUAUUGAAAAGGCCUCCAACCUAGUUUCUGAAGCUUCAUCUACAGGGCCACAAGAAAAGCCUUCAAUCUCAAGGUCAUAUUCACUUACAAAGAUAUUCACUCCUAGGAUGAAGAGAACAUCAUCACUUCCGGUAACUCCAGUUGCACAUUCAAACCCAGAAUCUGCACAUUCUGGAAGCAUUGGUGGACCACUGAGUUCAAGUAGAAAAGGACCCCGGCUGCAGAUAUCUCGUUCCCUUUCAGUCCCUGUCAACAACAAAGAAAGAAGCCUAAGGAGGAUGGAUUCGUUUUUUCGUGUAAUUCCUUCUACACCUCGAGUGAAGGAAGGGGAUUUAUUGUUAAAUGCAUCUCCCACCAGUGAUGCUGAUAAUAAUGAUCAUGAUGGUGAAGACAUACCGGAAGAAGAGGCUGUUUGUAGGAUUUGUUUGGUUGAACUGUGUGAAGGUGGUGAGACCCUCAAGAUGGAAUGCAGCUGCAAGGGUGAACUUGCUCUGGCCCACCAAGAAUGUGCAGUAAAAUGGUUCAGCAUCAAGGGCAACAAGACCUGUGACGUGUGCAAGCAAGAGGUUAAGAAUUUACCUGUCACUCUGUUACGCAUUCAAAGUAUUCGAACUCGAAACACUGGAGGAAAUAGAGUACUUGCUGAUGUUCAGGGAUACAGGGUUUGGCAGGAGGUUCCAGUGCUCGUCAUUAUCAGCAUGCUUGCCUACUUUUGUUUCCUUGAACAGCUACUGGUUGGGAAUAUGGGUACUGGUGCAAUUGCCAUAUCUCUUCCAUUUUCUUGUGUGCUGGGUCUACUCUCAUCCAUGACCUCGUCAACCAUGGUGAGGAGAAGAUUUGUUUGGGUUUAUGCAUCAAUUCAGUUUGCUCUGUUGGUUCUCUUUGCACAUAUAUUUUACUCCUUGGUUCAUUUGCAAGCAGUUUUGUCAAUUCUGCUAGCAACAUUUGCUGGGAUCGGUGUUGCAAUGAGUGGAAGCUCUAUUCUUGUUGAAUUUUUGAGAUGGAGAAGAAGGUUGCGAGCUCGGUCAGAGCAUUAUCAUGGUUCACAAGUGAUGACUAGACGAAGUCAAUUUCCUAGAUCGUUAAAUUCACCACGGAUAGGCCCUCCUGAACGCCACCACCAAACCGAAGUGGGAAAUCCAGAAACCUUUAGCGGGGUCUGAAAUGGUAUCCCACAGGUGGUCAAUAUUGCAUGGUUUAGCUAGCUGAAAAGGCGCUAAGCUAAUUUUGUUAGAUAUGAGACAGGCUAUGUGAUCUAUUUUGUAAUACAUCUCUAACGGCAUCAUAUAUGCAUUUUUAUGUGAUCAAGUUUCAAGACAGAGACUUGUUUUGUACAGGCUUCUGAUGGCAAUAGAAUUAAUGCAAAACGCA